AUGGAUAUAUCAAAUAGAAUCCUAAUACUAACCCUUAGCAUGCUCUUGCUAAUAAGUAUCUCGCAGGCUAUUCCUAAAUAUGAAGAGAAUCCAAAAUCUUAUGCUGAAAAAUCCCAAUGGAAUCGGUCAUACUAUAACGAAAAUAAGACCCAACUCAAUGAACCACAAACAGCUUCAACGAAAGACAGACUCGAGCGUCUUGGUUACACAACUGGUUAUGGCAGUUUAAAUGGAUAUCCGGGUGGCACUGGACUAUCGGCAUAUAAUCCCAUUAAGCUGGAUCUAGGAGGAGUCGUCUUGGGCACUCUUGUUGGCAUUGGCGCUAUUAUUCUUAUACCCAAAAUUCUAUCAGCCUUUCAUGGCGGCUACGGUGGCUAUGGACGAAGUGAAAACGACGAUUUGACGUCACUGAGCAGCAUGAUUAACAAAAUCGACGAUGUGCUGGGACAGAAUAACAUUGACUCUACCAGCUGUAUGCAGCGCGCCGUUUGCGGUUAUGUACGUUCAACCGAGUACAAUAUGAAGGCCGGAUCUUCAGACCAAAUGGAUGAAUUCAUUCACAUGUUGUCCGAAAAUGCUUUAGUUGACUACCUUUUGGAUGGCACGGCAAUAAAGGAGGCUUUAGAGCAUGGGAAGCGAACCGAUGACAGAGCCUGUGAUGAAGUCUAUUCCACUUGUCCCUUGGAUAGUAAAUCUGCCACAAAUAUUUUAAUGAAAUUGUUGCCCAAAAAACAAUCAAAAUCUAAGUCGCCAGGUGCUUAACUACAAUGUCUAAUGCUUAAUCAUAAGCACCAAAAUCUUUAUCACUUUGUUAUAA